UGAAUUAUGAUUUUCUUAUGGACGAAACUGAAAGAUGUUCGUCUUAGCGAUAUCUUCUUCUCCUUCAACUACUCUCAUCAGACUAUCAAAACCAAAUGGGCCAAACCGGUCACCUGUUCGAAAAAUCAUCUGCCUGAAUCAGCAGAGGCAGAGCAAAACCGGUACGGGAAAAUCUUGGAUCGUCCCAACAAGUCUCUCGCUCUUUGGUUCAGGCUUCGUCUUGGGUCCUCUUCUCGAUGGUCUCCACUCACGUGUCGAUCUCGUGGUUUACAAAAACGGAGCUUUCCAAAUCGGUCCUCUUCACACUAACAUCUGGGUACCGUUCUUGCUUGGCUUAUUUUACUGCACAGUAGGUUUGCUGCAACUUCUAUUGGAUGAUAAAACCUCUACAAAGCCUCCACGUGGCAACCUGGACAAAACCGUAGUUUCACUUUUAGCACUGGUGUUGUUCUUAGAGCUAAGUGCUGAAAUGUACAAAGCUGGAGUUUCAGACAACAUAGAAGCUUACAUUCUAUUUGCCUUAGCAGAGUUUCUAUGGUUCUCUCUAGAUAGAACCUGGCUUGGCUUCACCAUCGCCUGUCUCCUCGGUAUCGCCUGUCCCUUAGCUGAAAUCCCCAUUAUGCAAUUCUUUCAUCUGUGGUACUAUCCAGAAGCAAACAUAGAGAUCUUUGGUCAGGGAUUGAUCACUUGGACAACAACUUGCUAUUUUGUGUACACACCGUUCUUGAUCAAUCUUGCAAGAUGGCUCAAGACAGUUGCGAAGACUAUUAGUGAUGUGGAUGACACUACAAAAUGAAAUUUAGCUCAAGCGAAGAACAGUUGUGUUCUUUAAUUACAUAGAGUUUCUCUUUAGUCUCUAAAAGAGCAAAAAGACACCAAAUCAAACAUAUCCCAUGACUAGCAUAAUCCAGAACAUACCGCAUAUGCUGUUUUACCAUUUGAUCCUUGUGUUUGAAUUGCAACUUUGCAAGUUGUUAUCUCAGCUUGAAUUUAUCAUUUUGAUAUGUAAGUAAACAUAUUGUUCAAUAUAAAUCCUAUAUUUCACUCAA